AUGCUUUCUGUAUCACUCACUGUGCCAGUUUCGGUACAGUAUACUGUUCCCUUCCCCUUGGCUACCAUUACUUCCGUGUAUGCCUCUGCUGCCAGUGACCUUGAGUCCAUUGAACUAGCUAUUCCUACCGUGACAAACGAUAAUGACUUCAUACGGUUUUCUGCCAGUGCGGAGCUCUUAGAAGCUACCAUGUCCUAUUAUUCGCUUUUGGCGGUCCAGGCUACAGCUACUCAGCCUGAAGUGAUGAGCUCUGCUGCUGAACAAGCUGCUGAGGCCUCAGCUGUUACAAAUCAGUUGGUGCGAAAAACCUCCUUCUACUCCGGAAACAGACCUUCCCUAGGAGGAAACUUGGCUCUUUUGAUUGUGUUCUCUUUGUUUUUGAUCCUUCAGAUGGUUUUCGGUGUGGCAUCUCAUCAGUGGUGGUUUUUUGUGUGUUUCUCUACUGGCAUAUUCUUGGAAGUGUUGGGUUAUACGGGUCGUAUAUGGUCACACUACGAUCUUCGGAGCUUUAAUGCGUAUGUCAUGCAGUUGGUUUGCAUUACCUUGGCUCCCUGUUUCCUUAUGGCUGGUAUUUAUUACAGUUUGGCUCAGUUGACCGUAAUUAUGGGACAGCAUUUCAGUAUAUUAAAGCCUAUGCAGUACUCUCUCUUUUUUAUUAUUUGCGAUCUUAUCGCCAUUGUCUUGCAGGGUGCUGGUGGUGCCAUUGCUUCCUCUGAAUUAAGCAAUCAUCAUUCUACGAGAGGUGGUUCCAACGUGAUGGUGGUUGGAUUGGCUUUCCAGGUUGCUUCAAUGACUUUAUACCAGGUCCUCUGGUUUAUCUUCUGCUAUAGAUGUUUCAGAAGUAAAAGACGCUACGGUGAUAGUAUUUUCGCCGAUAAAUAUGCAGAUAUCCGUCGAAGAAGGCUUUUUGUUGCAUUCUUCUUUAUCCUUACUUUGGCCGUGAUUCUUAUCUUUAUCCGUUCCCUUUACCGUUUAACCGAGAUGGUAGAAGGUUUUAGCGGGAAAUUGGCGAACGACGAGUUGGAUUUCAUGGUUUUAGAAGCACUCAUGGUCUCUCUUGCAUCUUUUCUAUUGACUGUGGUACACCCUGGUUUCGCUUAUGGCUUUCACAUUGCCAUUGAGAUCGAAAAGGGACUCAAAUCUAGUUUUUCUUGGAAAAAAGAGCACUAUAGGUACGUGAAGAGAGACAGAGAUCUUGCUCAGGAUACUGCCGGACAAUCCACUGUUUCUGCAGAGGAUAAUUUAGGGGCUAAUAUCGAUCUGAGCAGCAAUGCAAUUGAUUCGGAAAAAUACCCUCCGGAUGAAGCUGGUAGCUCGAAAUCAGCCUAUGCGCUCAAGAAAGAACUCAGUCGUGAGCAUACCAGAGAAGCGAGUGGUUCGCAUUAA